GUGGCACGUGAAAAACUCUUAUCCAACCAAAAAAAAUCUAGAUAGGAAAAGAACCAGCCGGAGAUGAACUGCCAACCGAGCAAGUGUGGCCUCUGCGGAGUGCCGUCCAGCCUGAAGUGCGCCGGCUGCAAAGUGGUGGCCUACUGCAGCCCGGAACACCAGAAGAAGCACUGGAAACUGCAGCACAAGAACGAGUGCGCUAAGCCAUAUGAGCUGUCUCGCAACAAGGAAGUCGGUCGCUUCUUCCUGGCAACAGCGGACAUUCCCAGGGAUACGAUUCUCUUCACCGAAGCACCGAUGGUGAUCGGCCCCAAGUGGAACCUGGCCGAGUACGAACAACGAUCGAUGACCGUUCCUUGUGUGGGAUGUUUUGUCGACUGUCAACUGGGCCUGUUUCGGUGCGAAGCCUGCCACUGGCCGGCUUGCAAACCGGACUGUCCUGGACUGGGGAAUCCGGAUUUGCAUGCGAUUGAAUGCGGUAUCCUGAAGUUUGGCGGUGGGCCCAAGCCGAAGGAUGACCCGGAGGCUAUCUUCGAUUACUACCGAUACGAUGCACUGUUGGUGCUCAAGUGUCUGGCGUUGCAAAUCCGAAACCGACAGCUAUUCGAUCAGAUGAUACAGCUGGAAAGCCACUACGAAGCACGGAAGGGCACGCCCUUCUACAAGGAUGCCGACGAACGCACUGUUCAAUUUCUUUUGAAGAAUUUCCUGCUACCGCUGAAGAAAAUAGAGGAACAACAUGGAAAAACUGUGCUUCCGGUUUGCGACGCCAAGACUCUGCACAAGAUCAGCGGUAUUCUCGAGGUCAAUGCAAUGGUCAUCCCGCUUUCCAAUGGACGGGAAAUCUGUGGCCUAUAUCCGAUGGGUUGCAUGCUGGAGCACUGCUGUAUGCCGAAUUGUUUCUACACAUUCGACUGCACCAAAGGCAUGAAGCUGACCUUUAAGGCAGGAAGGAAUAUCAAAAAAGGUGAACAUCUGUCUACCACCUACACCCACUCCCUGUGGGGAACGCAACAACGCCGGGAGCACCUUAAGACCAACAAGUAUUUCUCCUGCACAUGUGCCCGAUGCGCUGAUGCCACCGAGCUUGGAACCUAUAUCAGUGCCCUCAAGUGCAUGGGAAUCGAUGGGAACACAUGCGCAGGCUAUCAGCUACCGAUCGACCCCUUGAAAGAAACCAGCGACUGGAAGUGCAACCAAUGUCCGGUGCAGAUCGAAGCUGAUCAGGUUAACUUCCUGCUGUCGAAGAUCGGCGAAGAAGUGGACGGCGCUAUGGAACGCAAAGCAUCCAUCAAACAGAUGGACGAUCUCAUCUCGAAGCUGCUAACCUUCCUACAUCCGAAUCAUCACUUCCUACUGCAGCUGAAACAUUCGCUGAUCCAGAUGUACGGUCACUUCAAGGGAUAUUCCACCCAACAACUCUCAGACAUGACCCUAGCGGAGAAGGUCGAAACCUGUCGGCAGAUGAUGAAGGUCAUCGACACUCUGGAUCCGGAUUCGUUCCGGUUGAGUCUGUAUGCGGCGGUUGUACUCUACGAGCAGCAAUCGGCAUUGCUGGAAAUCAACGAGCGUAAGAUCCGUUCGGGGCUGCCAAAAACGGAUUCCACUGUUCAGAAGAACUACAACGAAGCGCUGCACUGUUUGAUGAGGGGCAAGAAAGUCCUAGUCAACGAGAUGGGAACCAAACAGGGGAAGAUACUACUCGAGGAGAUCCAGAAGGCCACCGAGAGGGUUGAGGAGAUUAUUGCGGCUUAGGGAAGAUCUUUCAAAUGUUGGCCAA